GAGCUUGUGGCCGAACGCGACCGACGAGAGGCUGAAACGGCAGGAACAGACAAUUCAUAAACCCACAGUGUACAGAGCUACAACUAACUUACAUGCUGAAGAACUAUUGCUCUGGUAGCUCUUUUGACUUUCUCAACUUUUUGGCAGAGAUUGAGGCAUGGACAGUGGGGACCAAAGGAGUCUUGCAGGACAGGAUGAGGAGACCAUUUGCAUGUCAGCAUCCGAGGGUCUGGAGGAGGGCGAGGUGGAGGGAGAAACUCUCCUCAUCGUGGAGUCUGAGGACCAGGCGUCUGUGGAUCUGUCUCACGACCAGAGCGAAGACUCGCUGAACAGUGAUGUCGGGGAGGAUGGGGAGGGAAGCUGGAAUGAGGACAUGUCCUUUUACUGCGACAAGUGCCACAAGUGGAUCCCACCCGCCCAGCUUCAUGGAGAGCAGCCCAGCUACUUAAAAGGAGACAACUUCUUCAAGUUCACCUGCGCGGAUUGCACGGAAGACGGGAAGGAAAGUUUUGAGAGAAUGAGGCUCACCUGGCAGCAGGUUGUAAUGCUGGCCAUGUACAACCUGUCUCUUGAGGGCACAGGACGACAAGGUUACUUCAGAUGGAAGGAAGAUAUUUGUGCAUUUAUUAGUCGGCAAUGGACCUUUCUACUUGGCUCCAGAAAGAAGACCUCCACAUGGUGGAGCACAGUGGCUGGGUGUUUGUCUGUUGGCAGCCCAAUGUUCUUCCGUUCAGGGGCGCAGGAGUUUGGAGAGCCUGGCUGGUGGAAGCUAGUGCAAAACCGCCCACCUACUCUACGGCCUGAGGGGGACAAAAAUUCUGCUUCUCUCAAGGCCAAGGCGUUGUCAAAGCCGUCCCUAGAUCCCAUCAUCACAGUGGAGGGAUUGAGGAAGCGUGGAGGUCGAAACCCAGUAGAGAGCGCUAUGCAGCUGAAAGAAAAGCGUUCCCGCACGCAAGAGGCGAAAGAGAUACGUCGCGCACAGAAGGAGGCAGCUGGCUUUCUUGACCGCAGUGCCUCAUCCACACCCGUGAAACUGGGCAACCGUGUGCGACGGUCUGAGCCAUAUCUGGAGAAGGGCGAGGUCAUUGACUUCUCCCUCAGCUCAUCAGACAGAACCCCUCUCACCUCUCCUUCUCUUUCUCCUUCACCUGACUUUUCUGCUCCAGGAACGCCGGCCUCACCCUCUGCUACACCCAGUCUGCUGUCAGAGGCCGAUCUGAUCCCGGACGUCAUGCCCCCUCAGGCACUGUUCCAUGAUGAUGAGGAACUGGAUGCAGAGGGUGUUAUCGACCCUGGGAUGGAGUAUAUUCCUCCACCCAGCAUGCGUCUGGCCACUGGCACCAUCAUGGUCAGGAGAAAGCUGUGUCUAGCCGAGCUGAUCAAACAGGAAAUUGAAAGUGAAGAUGAAGAGCGGGCCAGAGACAGCUUGUUGCCCACAGAACGGGGUCGUGUUGUGGAGCGGAGGAAGGUUCUCCAGGAUAAGGGCGAGGGCUGCAUGUCUUUGCUCAACCCUCGCUACACAUUCAUAAGCCUCUACGAGGAACGCAUGCUACUCCACAAUCUGGAGGCAUGUCCACAAGCUCUGGCCAUCACACCGCAGGCCAAACGACUGCAUCGCAAACUGCUUGUGCGGCAGGCGAAAAGGGAGCGAGGGCUUCCCCUGCUGAAUGUGGAUCAGGCUGUUAGUGCAACGCUAAGCCUGGUUGGGGGUGUGUAUGGGGCACAGGGGGGAUUGGCCAGCCAAAGGACGAGUGGAGAAGAGAAAUAUAGAAAGACCAGCCAGGACCUGUGUGUACUUGAUCGCUUUCAGUCAACAGUGUCUGUAUGGAAAGGGUUCUUUCAGCCCACAGUGUCAUUCUGGCACAGGCUAAUGGGAUCUGAUGCGUGUAUGGAUCAAAGUAUCAAGAGCCCCUACACAUCCAGAGUGCUCAAGCUAUAUAUCAGAAGAGACUAUGAGAGCCGGCCACUGAAGCUACGUCUGCUCUCUGAGAUCCGAGCAUAUCAUCACAGGAACGACCCUUCCUGGGUACCUGAACCUGACGCACCUAUAGACUACUGCUAUGUACGGCCCAAUCACAUCCCUUCCGCCAACUCAAUGUGUCGAGACAUCUUUUGGCCUGGAAUUGACCUGUCAGAGUGCCUGCAGUACCCAGACUUCAGCGUGAUUGUGCUUUAUAAGAAAGUUGUGAUUGGUUUUGGCUUCAUGGUGCCGGAUGUGAAGUACAAUGAGGCCUACAUCUCCUUCUUGCUGGUACAUCCGGAGUGGAGGCGAGCUGGUAUCGCCACAUUCAUGAUAUACCAUCUCAUACAGACAUGUAUGGGAAAGGAUGUGACUCUACAUGUGUCAGCAAGCAACCCUGCCAUGCUUAUCUACCAGAAGUUCGGCUUUAAGACCGAGGAGUACAUCCUAGACUUCUAUGAUAAAUACUACCCAGUGGAUAGUAAAGAGUGUAGACAUGCCUUCUUCCUGCGUUUGCGACACUGAGGAUCCUUGAGAUCUGACUGAACAGCUAUGGACUUGCUCUAGCCUUUCAGAGUAUAAUCUUUUAUCCACGAGACGUAUACUUUGGCCUUGAGUUGACAGUUUAGACCUCCAUUUUAGGUUUAGGACAUUGUUGUGCCAGUUGUGUUAAAAAAGGUACAUUGUUGUCCAGUGGCACAGCACUGAAGAAUCACUAUGAUCCACACAGCACAAACUGGAGAUGAUCUAAGAUGUCGGCUUGGGAGUGUUUAUUUCUAUGUUAUUUGUGUGAUUCCACAAAGUCACGUUUGUCUUACUUCAUGUUUAUUGAGGGUUAGUCAGACUGUUUUUUUUGUUUUGUUUUUUGUUUGAUGUUUAAACCAAAGGGUUCAGUUUAUACACCAGCAGUGGAGAUGUUGUCCUCCAUGUCGUGAAUCUUGUCACAUAACUGUUUAAUAAAUAUGUAAAUGUUUUAUAUUGUA